AGGUUCCUGUGUUUAUCACUGUUUCUCAUUGUGUUCAAGUUCUCAUUGUCUGUCAGUGUGUUGACCCUUGACCCUGGGGUGCCAGGUACCUAAUGGUGUCCUCAGUUGUGGGCUUUUACAGCUCUCCCCUCUUCACUGGGCUGCUGCCCCGCACUCAGGACACAACACUGACGCAGAUUAUUGGCAACUGUGUCGCUUUGCUGGUCCUAAGCUCUGCACUGCCAGUCUUCUCCAGAACUCUGGGAAUAACGCGGUUUGACCUGCUGGGUGACUUCGGCCGCUAUAACUGGCUGGGGAACUUCCACAUCGUGUUCCUGUACAACAUGGCCUUUGCCGGCCUCACCUCUGCCUGCCUCAUGAACAAGGUGUCCCGGGCUGUGCGGAACGAGCUGCUCCGUGCCUUCGGUCAGUCUGCUCUGUGUGUGUCUGCGUGUCCCAGGCUGCUCUGUGUGAGGAGACCAGGCUGUGUCUGUGUGUCCUGUCCAGGCCUGUCUGUGGAAUGUGUGGACGCGCUCGAAGCGAGAACGCGCGACGGAAUGGAGCGGAGGGGGCGUGUAAACUGGCGCGGGAGCGCGCAGGAGGGAGGUUCAGCCGGCGGACAGUAUUUGAGACCCAAUGGCCGGGACAGCGCAGCCAGCAGCGCCGGGGGUCCGAGACCAGGACAGCAGAGAGUCCUCAUCUGCGCGGCUGAGCGAGAGAUGGGGAACUGA